AUUGGUUGUCUGUUCUUAUUAAUGAAAUGUAAUAGGACGCAAUUGAACCUCCCAAGCGAAUGACGUGAGGACUGGUGCUGCCGCGCGGUCGACUGACGAACUACGCACAGUAACUAGAAAACCUUCGUAGAGUACGCGAGUGCGGCUGAUCGUCUCGCGUCUGUCCAGCACAAUGGCCAGUAAUAUUAAGCCGCACAAAACUAAGCAUUUCCCAAUAGACCAGCUAGUAUGCGUCGGGAACUACCAGCUGGAAAAAACUAUAGGAACGGGCAACUUCGCCGUCGUAAAACUCGCCACACACGCUAUAACUAAGAGUAAGGUUGCAAUAAAAAUAAUCGACAAAUCCAGAUUAGGCGAAGACAAUCUCAAGAAAACUUUCAGAGAGAUCGCCAUCAUGAAGAAGCUGAGACAUCCGCAUAUUGUACGGCUGUAUCAGGUAAUGGAGAGCAGUCACACAUUGUACCUCGUAACAGAAUACGCGCCAAACGGUGAAAUUUUUGAUCACCUGGUAUCAAAGGGUCGGAUGCCAGAAUCGGAGGCUGCCAGGUCUUUCUCCCAGAUGGUAGCAGCUGUCGGAUACUGUCAUUCCAGCGGCAUAGUCCACAGGGAUCUGAAAGCUGAGAAUCUACUUCUGGAUAAGGAUAUGAAUAUUAAGUUAGCGGAUUUCGGGUUCAGCAAUGAGUAUACAGCGGGUUCACCGUUGUCCACGUGGUGCGGAUCCCCACCCUACGCGGCCCCGGAACUGUUCGAAGGUCGCCAAUACGAUGGUCCGAAAGCUGAUAUAUGGUCCUUGGGCGUAGUUCUGUACGUGCUGGUUUGCGGCGCGCUUCCUUUCGACGGCUGCACUCUCAGCGAGUUACGAGCUGUGGUGCUCAGUGGAAAAUUUAGAAUACCAUACUUUAUGUCACAAGAAUGCGAGCAUCUGAUACGUCAUAUGCUGGUAGUGGAGCCCGAGCGGAGGCUCUCACUGCGGGGUGUUGCCCGACAUCGAUGGUUACAGGCCCACCAGCCCGGGCCUGGCCCUGGGAUAUACGAUGCCUCCGAGGGCCAAUGCGCUUGUCACCCGUCCGUUACACGCGAGGAUGCUCGAACCCACGACGCAGCGCUGGCGCGCCUCGCCACAUUACCCGGACUCUCCUUACAUCACCUGCAACAGUCGGUACAAGAAGAGCGAUUUGAUCACAUAUCAGCCAUUUAUCAUUUACUUAUGGACAAACUAGAACAAAGGGAUACAGACGCUGAAAUGGAUAGAGAUUCCUUAGACUCGACGACGGGCAAACCACUAGAUCUCACUAGUUGUAAGAGUGAAGAAGAGCAGAUGGAGGCUGAAGAUAGCACAGAAGCGCUGCAGCCGGGGUACCUCACCGUAGGCCACUCCGGUGACAGCUUUGAGAAGUUUGGUUCCUCGGUGGUGUUGGAGUCAGGUGUGGAACCCGUCCAUCAGCCCGGGGCUCCGCCCACCGCCAGGAGACACACAGUCGGCCCCGGAGACUGCAGACACGAACAGUCGAGUGAAUUAUCUUCAAGACCUGCACCUUUGUGUGCGUCAGCUCAUUUUAAUCAACAGCCCCUUCAGACUCCGCUACCGAGUCGGUUACCGGAAGUGGCGUUACUACCGAACACAAACCUGGCCGCCAAGUUGCCCGCGGUUCAACACCAACCUCCACGGUACUUCAGCGUCAAGGACCACCACCUGCUGAAGCCUCCGGUCGCCAUGCAAACACAGGCGUCGCUGUUCGGUCGUAGGGCUUCGGACGGAGGGGCCCACGUGAGGCGCGCCCCGGACACCUCGGGGGCGCACCCCCCGCCUCCCAGACACGUGUCGGACAGUGGUACUGGAAACACAGAGUCCACGGAACAAACAGACGAGCAGUCAAGCGACUCCACCUACAACAAUAACCUGUGCAGGUAUAUGUUAAAUCGAGGUAGUAACAAGCGCCACACGAUGGCGACCCCGGAAGAGGCGGCUUCCGUUUCCGCCGCGUGUCCUUCCACACCCGCUGUUAGCGCCCCUCGAGUACGCCGGUCAGGUCUCCUGACGGUCACAGAAAGACCGCCUGUUAUUAGUCCUGAGUUAGUUAUGGAGGUGGAGGCGAGGAUGAAUCGCAACUACCUCCCGCCCUCCAUCCAGGGCGGGUUUCAGAGUCCCCCGCCCGGGACCCCGCCCGCCCAGGGCUCUAUUACCGCCGGAACCCCAAAUUACACGAAAUCUAUGAAACCUGUCCUGGAAACCAUACCUCAGGGCAGCAUCAUGGGGACGAACCAGAUUGUGACGCCGUUCACCCCCUCGCUGUCACAAUUCUCGCCCACCCACGGCAGUGUCGUGUCUCAGACCGGAUCCAUCGUCACCGGAAGUCCGUUGGUGAAUCAGAACUUUAGCGGGAUCCAGCCAAAUACCUUCAGCUCAAUGCCAAACCAAGGUUCAAUCUUAAGCGGGACUCCCAUCAGUCAGAAUUUCAAUUCGUUGCCCAACCAGGGGUCGAUAAUGUCCGGCACGCCGAUCCAGAGUCAGAGCUACAAUAUCCAAAGCCAGGGGUCCAUCAUCAGCGGUACUCCGAUACAGAAUCAGAGCUAUCAAACAAACCAGAGACCCGGCGCCCCCGGGUCGGUUCAGGGUCAGGGGUCAAUAAUGACUGGCACGCCGAUCAACAACCAGAGUUUCCAGACGACCUCGAGUCAGAACUACCUCUCUUUGGCCCCCGGGACUUCGAUGGACAAAAGCUUCACGAACUUCCCCUACAGCUUUGGUUCCUGUGGUAACGUGCCCUCGGGGUCAAUAACCGCGGGGACUCCCCUCACAGGAUUGAGUCAGGGCCAGUACAGCCGUCAGAGAAAGUAUUCUGGGCCGCAGAGGGUUAAACUGCAAAUGUUGGCGACUGUACAGGAAAUGGCCCGGGAGCACGCGGAGCGCUACUCACCUGUGCGGAGAGCGGAACUGAGUCCUCCGAGGGCGGCGCACCCGCUAGCAUCAGCGAGACUCGAGUACCAGCAGUUACAGCGUGGCCUAGAGCGGCGAGCGGCUUGUGGUGGGGCUUCGCCCCCCUCGGAGUCUUCUCACCCGCCUCACACUCUCUCCGCCUCGAUGCCCGGGUCACCCAUCCACUCCGGCGCCUCCGUCCCGGUGCUCGACAUGGGCCUGAGCGACCCGCCUCAGGACCUGUCGUUGAAGCUGGGUAUGAAUCUCAACAGCCUGUACUCGCCUCACCUGCCGCAGGAUGUUCUGAAAUCUCUCCACUCGUACAGCAGUUACGGUCUGGUCUCCGGCCACGCGAGCCCCGCCAGUCCGGGGAGUCCCCUGCAUCAGAUAACCGAGGGCCUCAGCUACUUGCACACGGGGUCCAUUACGCGAGGAACUCCGCAGGCCAACGCUACACCCUUGGACCUGCGGAGCACUGCGACCGCACCUCAUAUAGAGAUGGAAACCAAUUACCCUCAGCUCCACCCCAUACUUCAUCCUCAGAUCCACGUGGUGGCUCACCGCUCCCUCAACAACUCCCCCAUUUCUAACCCCGGCUCCCCGUUGGACAUGAUCCAGGAAGAGAUAGGGAAUGGAAGUCAAAAUGGGGAAACGAAAUUCCCGGACAGAAGUUUCCAGAGCUACGUGUCCACGCACCCGCAGAUAAGUCUGACGGAUUGUCUCGGUUCGGAGAUAACCCUGGUCGCCUCCUCGUCCGAAGAUAGCGUCGAUAGUUUAGAAAACAAAUAUCCGCUGCCCCAGUUCGUGAUAUCCGAACCCUCGGACUUGGACGACAGACCUUCCAUCACCAAAGGGAUCGGAAGGAAAGUCAGCCAAGAAACGGAAGCCGCAGAAAAUAAGGAAGAAGUCGACGCAGAGAUGCAGUCCCCCAAAGAAAGCGUGGAUGAAACUAGUAAAUUCCUGUCGAGGGAGCUGGCGAGGAGGGGCAGCGACAAGUCUUUAGGCUUCAGUGACGAUUCCCUCAGCAACGACUCCGCGAACGCGUCGCCGAACUGCGAGCAAAACAUACAGUCAAUUUAUUCCAAUAUAGUGUCAAUUAGUUCGGGUUUUAGCGAGAAUAGGGGCAGCUUCUCCGAGCAUAGAGAAUCCUUCUCUUUCUCCGACCGCGGGAGCUUUUCUGAGAGAGGGGACUACGGCAGGUCCUCGUUCUCGGAACGAAGCGAUUUCGGAAGGGGCAGUUUUUCGGAGAAGGGCGAAACGCCGCGCUCGUCGUUUUCAGCUCAGGGAGUUUUAGGAGAAGUCAAGGAAUAUAACGAAGACGUCCACAUGCCCGCGGAAAAGACUCUGGUUAAACACGAAGAAGAGAGCCAUGAGAUCGAAAAAUUACAACGGUCCACCAUGGACCUGCGGCUGUCGGAGAUAUGCAGGCCGGGAGACGGGAUACCGAUACUGCUCAGCCCGCAGAAGGUGUCGUGCGUCCAAGAAUACUACGAGGUGACACUGUCUACAGUCUGCUCGCAACUGGACUCUCACAGAAUAGUGGAGCUAUUGAAGGAGACCAUCAACAACAGGGUGCCGCCGCAGAACAUAUUCAUAGAGACGGAGCACCGGACCCACGACGACGCCGAGCACCUGACAGGUUUCCUCAACCUGGAGUACUCCGGCGGCAUCCAGAUAGAGCUGGUGGUCUGCGAGAAUAAGAGCAAAGAGAAGAAGGGCCUCAAGAUGAGGCGAAUAUCGGGAGAUCACAGAGAGUACGGCAAGCUGUGUCAGCAACUGAUAACUAGCCUCACCGUCUGACGCCUCUGGCGGACCAAAGUGUGGGCUUCUUGCUCCGGCUGCGAGCUGGCCCUCGCGUCCGUGACUGUUCUCGGCUCCAUUUUUAUUCCAAUUCUCCGAGCAUUUGUUCAAAAUUUCAUUCCAAUUGUGUGAGAGCUCUUUGUGAUGUUUUUUCUUGUAAAUAUCGUUUGUUUCCGGCCGCUCCCGGCCGCUUCCGGCCGAUGUUCGGUCGGCUUUAGUUGUGUACAUAGUCCAAUGCGCCGGCUGUUACAUAUUUGUAUAUUGCGUCGAUAUAAUUUUAUUUAUUCCAAAUUUUUUUUCUAGAUUCCAUUUUAGCGUAGGUUCUGUAAAUAUUGUUUUAAGUUGACAGUACAAGAUUAGUUUUGAGAGGAAGUAUUGAAGAGCGAUGGGUUUUGUAGUGUACUGAUAUUGUUAUGCCAAUGUUGUAUAAAUCUAUGAUCAGGGUGUGAUAAAGGAGGUUUUAUUUUUUAUCUAGGGGACUGUUACAUCCCGCUUCCAACGAUAUUGUACUUUGUGCGAUAGGAAUAGGGUGCAAAGUACAAAAUCAAAGUAAAGAAUCGCCAUAAGUAGGUAGUCGAGAAGUUUAAAACUUGUAAAUAAUAUUUUAAUAAACAAUUCCAAUUCCAUAAUGUUA